AUGACUCCUUGCCGCUCGCGCUCGCCAGUUGACCUCGAGGAGCUGCUCGGCAAUCGCAGCCGGGCAUCUGUACUCACCGCGCUCUUGAAGGCCUACAAUCCAAAUGCGACCGAUGCAGACAGCUUGAAGAUGCGGGACACUUUGAAGGGAUUCCCCGGAGGGAGCAGUCAAUGCCUUUCUUUGGGAUACAUGGCCACUCCGAGCCUUUCUCCCUGCACUCAGGUACUGCCAGAUGUUGAUGAUGACGGGUCGGAUGUGGAUGAUUUGCUUGAAUCUCUCGCGUGUCAUCUUGCUGUGGUAGAGAAACUUGUGCACGAUAAUCUCCUGCUGCAGCCACCCAAGAAGAAGCAUAGGGGACGUCCUACGAUGUUGGCACCCGGGGAAGAUCGUCCAUUUGGAAGUGCCGCCAAGAUCAAAAAGCCGACGGUCCUCGACAUGAAGACAAGAGAUAUGUCAAACAAAGAGUUGAAAUGGAAGAAACAUCUGCAGAAUUGCAUUUGCAACAAUGCCUACAUCCUGAUGAAAUAUGUACCCAGGCAAACCAUGUACGAUGUCAAUGACCUCAAGAGGCCUGAAGAAGAGGGCAAAGAGUUCCUCACCCUGGAUUUCUCAAAGUACAAGAACGACACGGCUAAUGCCAUAAUUAUCGAUUGUACGGUCAAACAAGUGCUCCUGCAGGAACGGGGAGGGGGCAAGUACAUCCCCAAAGCCCACCAAGCUGCUUGGGUCAAUGAAGACGUCUUAACCAUCUUGAUGGGCAAGGCUUGGCACAACAUCGUCUGA